AUGGUCGGCAUCAAACAAGUGCAAACAAGCGCAUCAACAACCCUUGUCUAUCGUUCAAAUACCAUCUUACCUUGGGUUAAAGACGAUUUAAAGGCAAAACUAUCCGAUGGCCACAAGCCCAAACCUGCAGCCAUGAUUGAUUCCGGCCGUCUUGGCUUCCUACUGAAUAAGAUUGGCCGAGUCAAACCCUGUUGGGGUACAAUGGCUUUUUGCCACGUGAUCGUAGAUCAUAACGACGAUUGGAUAGAACCAUGUCAGCAAUUCAAUACACAACCAAUCAACAAACCAAGACAAAGCGGACUCUAG